ACCCUAAGCAUUCGAAGAUCUCAGCUCAAUCAAGGAUGGAUAGAGGAAUUUAAUCAGUGGCCGACCCGGCGAGGCACGGCGACGGAGGACGGUGGCGAACGGCGUUUAGCGAGGCAGCGAGACAGGUGCAGGUUCGAGCAACGAAAAAAAAAACUCAGGCUUGGUUAAAAGAUCUUUUCAACCUUUAAUCCUAAUCUGCCACCAACGUAGUCCAUUUCCCUGGGUUUAUAGCACUUGCAAGGCAAAUUGCAAUGUUAUCAUCCUCUUUUCAAUUGGGCCGAAGGGAUGUCGCUCUUGUGCCCCAGCAUAUGAGCACCACACCCAACUUUAGACACUAACCAAGGUCCUGUUUGGAGAGGCGAAAAAACUACCUUAAACCAGGAGCCAAAAAAAAGGAACCCUUAACUUGAUAAUGGCUAGUAGUUCAAGAGGAAGUGGAUUCCUCCAGUCUGAUCCACAAAACCUUCUUCCUCCUUGGCUGUCUAAUCCAACCACCUCAUCUGCAGUUAGACCCCCAACCCCAUCAGUUGCCUUGAGUCUUUGCCCAUCCACCUCACAGCAACCCUCUCCUGCAAUCCCAUGGCUACAGUCCGACAGAAUGCCCACCGGGUUUCCAGCUCAUCACCCAGACAGCAACCCAUUGGUCGCUGAACUUUUAGAAUGCUGUAGAAACGUGGGAGAAGGGCACCACGCUUGGACGGCGCAUAAAAAAGAAGCAGCCUGGAGGUUGAAGAGGGUGGAAUUGCAACUGGAAUCAGAGAAGGCGUCCAAAAUCAGAGAGAAGAGGGAGGAAAUCGAUUCGAAGAUCAAAGCAUUGCUGGAAGAACAGAGGAUUGCUCUGGACAGGAUUGAAGGCAAAUAUAGAGAACAGCUGGCUGUUUUGAGGAGGGACGCCGAAGCAAAGGAGCAGAAAUUGACCGAGCAAUGGGCAUCCAAACACAUGCGUCUCAGUAAGUUUCUUGAGCAGUUGGGAUGUCCCCCGCCGAGGGAGGCUAAUCCCCAGUAGAUUUUCCAGGAAGAUAUGCUAAAAAAGGUCCAAUGUAGAAUGUGUUGUUUCAAUUUCGACCCUCUGUUGAAAUGUUGUUUGGAAAGGUAAAUUGAGGUGUGGAAAAUAAACUGCAACUAUUUUG